AUGCCUGUUUCAGGAUGGUAUAGACCUGAUUAUGCUUCAGAAAAUACUAUUUGUCGCCAUUUAUGCCGACUGCUUCCUCUAGGCUCAAGUGAAGCCUCUAACUCAAAACUUUCAAGAGAAGAAGAAUUGGAGAUUGAAGAACAACUCAAACUUCUCAACAAGCCCUCCAUCAAAACAUAUAAGACCAAGGAAGGAGAUAUCAUUGAUUGUGUCGACAUCAACAAACAACCAGCCCUUGAUCUUCCUCUAUUGAAAAAUCACAAAGUUCAGGUGGUUUCUCAUUCUUUGAAGAAGGGUCCUGAGAAAUACUAUGGAACUAAGUCAUACAUGUCAGUGUACAAUGUGAGUUUGAGUUUUGGUCAAUCUUCAUCGUCUAACAUAUGGAUUGUUGGUGGCCCUACUAACUCUCUUGGUGUACUCAUGACUGGCUGGCUGGUGAAUCCAGAAGUAAAUGGUGAUUUUAUCACUAGAAGCUUUGUGUAUUGGACGGCCGACGGAGGUGCUACAACAGGAUGUUACAAUAUGUAUUGUCAAGGCUUCGUACAAGUAAAUCCAAGUCAUCAUGUAGGCGCUCCUCUUCAUCCAACCUCCACCUAUCAAGGACAACAAUAUGACUAUCAAUUCACCAUCAUUCAAAUUGCAGGGAAUUGGUGGGUUCUGGUGGGUGAAAAUCUGGGAUUAGGAUAUUGGCCAAAGGAGUUGGUUCAAAAUCUAGUUGAUGGGGCAGAACAAAUAGCAUGGGGAGGCAUUGCAAAGCCAUCAAUAGAUGGAAUGAGCCCUAUGUUGGGGAGUGGACACAAGCCAAAUGACAAUGGUGAUUAUAAUGAAGGCUGUUACAUAAGAAACAUUCAAAUCAUAUCAGGUGCUGCAACGAAUACUUAUAAACUCCCAACUUGGGAUAACACACUAAGUUAUUCAAGUAACACUAGUUGUUAUGAUUUGAACCCUAAUGUGAAUUGUGGUGAUGAUAUGAUGGAAUAUUGCUUCACCUUUGGAGGACCAGGUGGACCUAAUUGUGAAGCCACCAUCUUUUAA